AUGGCAAUGGAUGAUUUUAGAAUACUCCUGACCAGGAGCUCUUUUUGGAUCUACAUCGUUUUGGCCUUGCACUUUGCGUUGUGCGUCUUGAUCCUCUCAAAAGCCCCAGGAGAUAGGCCCUUCAGCAUUGUCUCGGGCAUCACCCUUUCCCAGCCAGUGCAGUGGGGCUAUUCCGCGUUUUGCCUUGUGAGCGUAUUCUUCAUAGUGCAGGCCUAUGUCGGAGCAGUUUACAUGUUGGAGAGCCAUUUGAACAUGUACUACUACUUCCUGGCAGCAUCCAUCUUGGUUGACAUCGCCUUCCUUUUCCUCUUCAUUUGGGCUUGGCUGACUGCUGUACCGCUGGUGCUCUUCUUGACUCUGACGAUUGUGUUCAAGUUCACUGCACUGUACAUCACCUCCAAGUACUCAAAACUUGUCAGGAGUCAAUACAACGCUGAGCUACUGCCGCACUUGAAGAGCGCACUGGGGCGAUCCUUCAACGUGGCACCGCAGUUUACUCCAGCACCUGUGCCAAGAGGAAUGGCCUCCAUGCAGGAACGACCUCCACCUCAAUUUGAUGCUGGCCAGAAGGCUUACCAGACUAUGCCCGAGGCUGUGGGAUGCUGGGGUCGUUUUGCACGGGAGAAUAACGAGCAGUGGAUUUCUAUGGAUGCUGACCCCUUCGCUUUCAGCAGGUUCCAUGCUGGCUGCCCCUGGCUGCUGAUGUUUUGUUUGCUGCCGCGGCUCAAGCUCAUUCCUUUCAGUUCCUUUCAAUCUCGCGCCCGCACGAAGAUGGCUCAGGUCGCUGAAGCUGCGGCUGCAGAGACCCUUUGCUGUGCAGUUUGCUGUGCUGGCUGUACAGGUUGUUGUGGUGGAGAUUGCUGUCGCGAUUGUUUGGAAGGCUGUGGCCUCCUGUCUUGCUGCGAGCUCCUCGGCUGCCUGGCGUGUCUUAGCUGUUGCUGCCCAUGCUGCUGUCAGUCGCAGAAGCAGGGGCCACCACCUGUGGUGCUUGCGCAGGGGCCAGCCAUGUAUCCCACUGGCUACACCCCGGAGCAGAUGAUGAUGGGUCCACCGGUCUAUGCGCCACAAGCACAAGUGAUGGGUUACCCGCAAGGAGCCUAUCGCUAGUGUCAUAUGUAAAGGAGACAGACUGUCAGUAGGAAGUAGCUUUUGUGUGGGUCCGAGCCUGGCUUUGUACAGAGUUCAUGGUGAAGGCAAGCUGGACCUCGUUUCCCAAAAUUGUACAGCUCCAUAAAGCGAAACCCUCAGCAAAUCUUGGAAAAGAGAGGUGUUUUGCUUGACGAGAGAUGAACGCUGGCAAAUACAAAA